GCCUACUGCGUCCCGACAGUGGGGCGGGGCUCCGUUCUCGGUUUCCUUUCUUCUCGUUAUCAAUAUGAACGAACCGGCGAGCGCGGGAGCCGCGCGGGCCUUCGCGGCCCUUGCGGAUGAGCUUGCAGCCGCGUGGGCGUCGCAGAAGGUCGGGGGCUUUUCGGCAAGCUCCCAGGCAGAAGCAAAGCGCGGAGCUGCGGCCGCUGGCUCCAACAAGGUCGAAGCCGUCACAGAAGUCGGGAAGGAGGAACAAGAAGGCGCGGGCGGCGCUUCUGGGUCGGCCGUGGGGGCUCGCUUUGCGUCUCAGGUAUUGGCUUCCUUUUUUUUUUUGGUUAUUUUGUUCCUUUGUUUCGUUGUCUAUUCUUCGCGUUUUGUUGUCUUGUUCUUUUCCCUUCGUGUUGCAUAUGCUCGUAGGUGACGACAUUCCCCAGCCUCGCAGGCGCUAGCAAUCGACUCUACUACAGCAUGCCCAAAAACCAAACAACACAGGACCAAAGGCAGCGAUGUGAGGCACGUAGGCCCUCGGCGUUGUCGCAAGCCCAAACGGCGGCGCUGGCUUGUUCCCUACCGACGGGCGGCCCGGCAAACCGUCGCCGCCAAGCAACGAGCCGGGCGGCUACUGGUGUGCUUGGUUUCUAAGUAGCUGCUGCGGAGGUUUGUCGUUCGCGGUUUUUUUCCCGCGUUUUUAUCCGUUACUUUUUGAGGCGCUCACGCUGCGCAGGUCUGUCAUAUUAUUACGCGCCUCGCUUCAGCAUGUCGCGCUAUAUCAUGUAGGCAGUCGCUCGGCCUUGAUUGAUCUCGAUGCUGACGCACAUACUACACGUCCAUGCUAAACGCGCGCUGGCCUUAGGUGGUGACUAGGGAGCUUGCGAGCGUUUCCUUGGGUCUUCUUGUCGUGUGGGAUUUUUGCUAUCAUUAUCAAGCUCUGUACUCAUAUCAUAAUUGGCGCGAUCCACGCCGCCUCUCUAAAUUUUCACAAUUUGUAUUUGCGCUAAGCUCAAACGAGCUUAGAAAAACUUGGCAUAUCCAUAGCUAUGAGUAUCAUGGUGAGGCGUUUACCUUCUAGUGAAGAAAGACCGGAACCACACAUCCCUACCACAUACAUACAAUAAUGAACACACUGCUCUUUGCAGCACGGGGAGACACACACCAAGACCCUUCAAAUUCAUGCAUUCUACAAAAUA